UUCUUCCCAGACCCUAGUUCUGCGAGUUGAUCCACGCGGGGUUUUUGCUUCUGCUGCGCGCAGCGACAAAUAUGCUCUUCUAUUCCUUCUUCAAAUCCCUAGUAGGGAAGGACGUAGUGGUCGAAUUAAAGAAUGACUUGAGCAUAUGUGGGACCUUACACUCUGUAGAUCAGUACUUGAAUAUUAAGCUCACAGACAUUAGCGUGACAGACCCAGAAAAAUACCCUCAUAUGUUGUCGGUCAAGAAUUGCUUCAUUCGUGGCUCUGUUGUCCGCUAUGUCCAACUUCCAGCCGACGAGGUGGACACUCAGCUCUUGCAAGAUGCUGCUCGCAAGGAAGCCCUCCAGCAGAAGCAGUGAUGGAAAUUUAUUUUAUUUUUUUUAUUCUCUCUGUGUGACUUGACCUUCCCUGAAGAAGAGCUGCAGAAGGGUGGAAGGUCACAUUAUCUCUUUCUCUGGGAAGUACCAGCAAAGUUAGCAUCGUAAAUACGGCCACCCACGGUAUUUUCCUUGGAUACAGAUGAUGCUCCCACUUGCUAAUGUUUGUGCUUGUUCCUUUGCUUUUUUUAAGUGCAGCCUCCAUAAUGGUUAAAUAUAUUCGCACCAAUCUCCAUCUCCCAGGACUGCUGGCGAUGAAGCUCGGCGAGCACUAAAUUGAAGAAGAAAUCUUAGAUCAUCCCUUUCCCGUUCAGACCCAGUAAUAAAAUCCUUCCAUUAUUGGUCCUCUUCCUUGCUCAACAGUGAAGAGUACUGUUGAGUAGCAGGAAAGUUCAGUUUGGGUCGAGGAUUGAUACUCAACCAUGAAAAUUAUUUCUGUAGCUUGUUUGCCCUACAAAGUGGUCUUCUUCAUGUAUCACCAGCCCUUUCUAAUUUCCUUCUGUCUGAUGCAACACAGUUAAUGCUGGUGGGAUUUUUUUUUCUUCAUGUUGAUGUAUUCCCUAUUUAUAGGAUUUGAAAAAAACACUUUCCUAGGAAGGACCUGCAAGCUUCUGAAGUAUGGAGGGUGUCAGGUUUAUUUGUGUUAUGCACACAAUAUAAUACCAUUCAGUGUCAACCCAAGCUUUUUCCAUUGUAAUAUAAAACGGCAGGUGCGUUUUCUCUGACCAUUAGAAAAAGUUGCAGGUUGAGUCCUGCUGUUUGAGUUUUUUUUAACAUUUCACUGGUUUUGUUGUCGUCUUUAUAUUUCUUGUUAUUCUUACAUUUUAUGGGAUAUGUACUUUUUUUUUAAGGAAGAUUUUUUGAAAGCAUAAUGAUUUGUUCAACGAAAAGUGGACAAUUAAAAGUUUGAUUUGAAAGAUGGAA